AUGUCUAAGACAGGAUGUGAGCCAAACCGGCAAAAGAAGGAGAAGGAGACGGCACGUACUAGGAUAACGUUGAUGAGGAGGUCGGCGCCAACACCUCUCUCCAAGAAGACAGCAACUGGUGGCAGCAGGAAGCAAAAGCUGUUGAUAGAUCAUGGCGCCGUCAGUGACCAGUCCUGCAGUGAACAUGUACUCGUGCGCACCUUGCAAAUGUCUGAACCGUUGAACGGCAUUGUUGCGGAUGAGGAUGAGGGGAAAAGGAUGAAAAUUAGCCAUCCACGUGGUUCAGCCCGCGCCUCGCCUCGCCUACCCCGGCUCGCUGUUCAGAUGUUUCGGCAUCUCCUACGACUAGUUAGUAUUCCUCUCCACUGCGACCUCAUGCUCACCCGGGCAUCUGCGAUGUCAGGCCCGUUACACAGCGCACGCUUUCCCCACAUGCACAGCCAUAGCAGUGCAACAACAUCGGAGCUGGAGGAAUACAUAGGAAUACCAUACACCACCGCACAAGCUCGCAGCGUACUGCACGAGUUCGAUCUUUACGUGCCGAGGCGGGCACUGAACGUGGAGGCAAAGCAGACGCGCGGGCCGCCCUUGAUCUGUUUCGUCCACGGCGGCGCGUGGCGAUCCGAAGAUAAAGCCGAGCACGCACCGCUUGCUCGCCGUCUCGCUCUGCGCACGCGUUUCCCGGUCGCUGUACCCAACUAUCGAUUAACGACUUCUGCUACACCCAUUCGUCACCCCGCUCAUGCCCAAGACAUUCUCGAGUUUCUGGAGUUCCUCUUGUCAUGGAGUGGUCCGGAUCUCGCUUCUGACCGCGCCCAAUUUGAUCCCUCAAGACUCUACCUCAUAGGACACAGCUGCUCUGCACACAUGCUGACGUCCAUAUUCCUCCAGCCCCGAGCCAGUGCAUCCGUCACGCCUCUCCAGCCCAAUCCAUCGUCGCCAUCCGACCUACCGCCUUCUCCGCUUCCUACAUCCUCGACUCUUUCACCUUCGCCUGCACUCCUUGCGUCUACUUGUGCGGUGAUCAUGUCCUCGGGUCUAUAUAACCUUGAUCUCCUCCUGCGGUCGUACCCCGCAUACAAGUCGUGGUUUGUCGCACCCACUUUCGGUCGUCUGCAGACCUAUGCGCCCUGGAAUACCGCAUCAUACGAACUGCGAUCGAGCGACGAGGUGCAAAGGUCAGGAACAAGAUGGUUUGUCGUGCAUUCGAAGAGCGACACACUCGUUGACAGGCUACAGAGUGAGGCGAUAUGGGAGAGGCUCAGAGUGCUCUACGGUGAGGAGCAAUCUGAUGACGGUGGCGGUGAUCUUGCAACCGAAGGCAAAAGAAUGAUUGAGCGAGAUUGGGAAGGGCUGACGGAGGAGCAUAACGAGGCGCUUGCAGGCGAGACGUACCCGCGUAUCGUCGGGGACUGGAUUCUGGAUGAUGUCAGGUGGAGAGCAGGUCUCACUACUGAGUAGGCAAUGUAAGUUUCUUUCCUCAAUAGUUGGGUUCGCUUUUGGCGCGCUGAGGCUGGGCUCGUGCUCUAUGAUAUUGUGUUGCCCACACCAGGCCUAAGGCCCAUAUCAUUGGUUGGUUUCGUUAAUCUAAUGGGUGCGGGGAAGCCGCUAGUUCCACUGGCCUGCACAUCCAUCGCAUCAGGGCGUGAGCUGAGUGACUUAUUACAGGAUGGUGACUUUGUCUGUCUGCAUUCUUGUCCUCAAAUGAUGUUUCUAUCAAGGAGUAUACUAUUGCGGGAGGGCGAGCUCCAGAACGCUCCUCGUUUGCGUCUCAAUUUG